AUUUACUACAUUCACCUCUUCUUUUUCUUUCUAUCUCUUUCUCCUGAACCAAGAAAUUUAAUAUAUUCAGAAAACACCAGCUAAUCAAGUUACAAUCACACAUCUAUUUCACAGCUUUUUUUUUUUUUUUUCUUCAAUUCAAUGCUGUCCCCUUAAAUCCUUACAUUUUUUACAGUUUUAAACAAAAAACAGAGCAAAAAAAAAACAGGGGAGAUAACAAAGAAAUGAAGUACAUUCGAUCUAGGAGUUUAAAGAGCUUGUUUUCGAUACGACGUCGUAGUACAAGUAGCUUAGAAGAUUCAGAAAUUGAAGAAAAUAAACAAAAUAAUCAGUUUGAUUUUAUUCAACCUGAGCUUUUUCCUAAAAAACCCACUUGGAAAUGUUUCUCCUUUGAUGAUAUCUUUCUUGCUACUAAUGGUUUCUCAUCAGAAAAUUUGGUGGGAAAAGGAGGAUAUUCAGAGGUAUACAGAGGAGAAUUAAAAGAUGGAGAAAUGGUAGCAGUGAAGAAGUUAACAAAAGCAACCAAUGAGGAGAGGAGAGAGAGAGAGUUUUUAACAGAGAUUGGAACAAUUGGACAUGUUUCUCACACAAAUGUUUCUUCACUUUUAGGGUGUUGUAUUGAUAAUGGUCUUUACCUUCUUUUUCCAUUCUCUUCUAGGGGCUCUGUUGCUUCUGUUCUUCAUGAUCAAAGUAAACCUCCAAUGGAGUGGGAAGUGAGACAAAAGAUAGCAAUUGGAACAGCCAAGGGGUUGCAUUACUUGCACAAAGGGUGCAAAAGAAGAAUAAUUCAUAGAGACAUCAAGGCCACUAAUAUAUUGUUAAAUGAAGAUUUUGAGCCACAGAUUUCUGAUUUUGGCCUUGCAAAAUGGCUUCCAACUCAGUGGACUCAUCAUUCAAUUGCUCCUAUUGAAGGCACAGUAGGAUAUUUAGCACCUGAAUAUUUCUCCCAUGGAAUUGUUGAUGAGAAAACAGAUGUCUUCGCAUUUGGGGUGUUUCUAUUAGAGUUAAUUUCCGGGAAAAAACCAGUUGAUGCCUCUCAUCAAAGCUUACGCAGCUGGGCAAAACCAAUUCUUAAACGAGGGGAGAUUGAGAAAUUGAUAGACCCAAGACUUGAAGAGGCUUAUGAUGAUGUAGAAAUUAGAAGACUAGCUUUUGCUGCCUCUAUUUGCAUUCGUUCAUCAACUACUUGGCGCCCUACCAUGAGUGAGGUAUUAGAUAUAUUAAUGGGAGGGGAAAUAGAUAAAGAAAAGUGGGAAAUGCCAGAAAAAGAAGCACAAGAUCAAGAUCAAGAGUUUUGGGAUUUUGAAGACCUUGAAUAUGAGUGUGAUAGUUCAUUCUCAACAUCAAUACAUGAUUCAAUUUCUACUGGAAGCUCCUAGCUAGAGUCGAACUAUGGUAGAAAUGCAUGGUAUAUUCAAAGUUGUGUAAAUAAAACUAUAAAAGACGUGAAAAUUAUUGCCUAGGAUUAUGUGUUAAACGUUGUAAACUAGAUGAGUUAAUUAUAUUAUUUCUAUGUUAAGCUCCAUAUAUAUGUGUAUUAUUAUUGCUACAAAUGUUGAGAAGGCCUCAUUUGGUAGAAACAAAGUAUGAGUAAAGAGUAGUUUUUUUUGUUACUUUAAA